UGCUAACAAGAGCUGAUAGCCAUUAGCUAACCAUUCCUGGAGCCACAAAACCACCCAGUGGGAGGGUUUAAACACUGAGGGAUCUGCCUAUUGGCUAGCUGGGCUGGGCCAGCGUUAAAUAAGACAAUACAAUACAAUACGCUCUGCUUCAUUUAAUUUAAUGCUGGUCCUCCAGUGUUCUCCGGCUUGUUUAAGUUCAGUCAGAUUGAUCAUAUUAAACCAUAAACAAACGAAACCAACUUAACCACCUUGGAAAGCUUGAGCUUUUCCGGUGGGGCAAAUCAAUAAAACCUAAAGUUAGUUUAACCUCAGUUAUGACCACUUUCUUUUCUUUUUCUUUUUUGUUUUUGUGGCUCAUCAUUCUUGCGGGUUUGUAUAAAGGGGAAGUAGAGAAAAGUUCUUGUCUUUCACACUCUGGGUUCUGUAGUUUCCUUUCACAUGCUCACAUUCACCUUCAGUUUCUCACUGUCUUAACUGUAAGUUUAAAGUUCAGUAAUGUUCUUGUUUUCUUGCUGUUAUUUUAGAGUUUUAAUUCAUUUUUAAUUUUAAAGCCAUUUCCUUAUAUUUAGAACUCUUUGUAAGUUUUUGUACGUAAAACUCUUUAAAUGUAUAAAAUGUAAUAUCUUAUAUUUCUCUUUGUAGCAGAUCACUGUAGCAGUAAUGUAAGAUUUAUUCACGGCAUUUCACUCACUAGACUUGUUUUAAAGUGAUUUAGCUCCUUUGGCUGAGAAAUUAAUUCAGGAAAUAACAGAUUUGAUCUGGAAAUGAUGCUUGAAACCUGUGGAAUAAGACCUUUUAAAUGUAUAAUACACCUUAAAAAUAGGAAAUAAUUUUCCUUUUUUGUCUUAUAGUGUUUUUUAUGUGUGUUUUUGUGGUUCAGCGUGACCCCGGCUGGGCUGCGUUGGCGGCUUGACCACAGUAUGUAAAUUACAGGCGUCUAUUUACAGCUGAUUUGAUGAGGUUGAUUGCAUAAACUGCGUCUGUGUUCCUGAGGAUUUCCUUUCACUUACUUUUCGAGGAGAAGCUGUUUGGUGACGGAGCGCUUUGGUUCAGCUGGUAACGAGAAGAAGAAGAGCUCAGUAAGUUCCACUGGAUUUCCCAAAGGAGACACAAUGGAUUAUUACUCAUACUCGGACAAUUUUACAACGGAUGACUAUAAUUACACUUGGGAAAAUCUUACAGACUACGAUGUCUCUUUUCACGAAGACAACAACCACCCCUUCAGAGUGGUGUCACUGGUCUUCUACUGCCUGACCUGCGCUCUCGGAGUUCCUGGGAACAUCCUGGUGGUGUGGAUCGCUGGUUUGAAGAUGAAGAGGACGGUGAACACCACCUGGUUUCUUAACCUGGCCAUUGCUGACCUCCUCUGCUGCCUCUCUAUACCAUUCACAGUAGCCGACAUCCUCAUGAAAAACCACUGGCCGUACGGGAACGUCAUGUGCAGGGUCCUGCCGGCCGUCAUCGUUCUCAACAUGUUCGCCAGCGUCUUCACGUUGAACCUCAUCGGCUUGGAUCGCUUCGUCCAGGUCGUUAAACCGGUUUGGUCUCAGAAUAACCGUAGUCUAGGAUUGGCUGCGGCCUGCUGUGGGCUGGCCUGGGUCCUGGCCUUGUUACUUAGCUUGCCCAACAUGAUUUUUCGUAAGGUUAUUACAAUCACCGAACUGAAAGUAACCAUUUGCACGUUCCAUUCCGGCAGUGGUGACUAUGAGAUGACCGAAUCCCAUGAAGUAGACGAAGCCUUCCGAACAUUGACCCUAGUCAGGUUCCUGCUGGGCUUCCUGAUACCCCUGCUCUCCAUCGCAGCGUGCUACGCCCUCAUCGCCCGCAAGGUUAGCCGCAGCCAGUUCCGCUCCGGAAGAGCGUUCCGGAUCAUGGUGGUGGUCGUCGUGGCCUUCUUCCUGUCCUGGCUGCCGUAUCACGUGCUAGGCUUGAUGGACGUCUACGGUUCUCCAAAAGUUUCCGAACUGGCCAAAACCGUAGACCCACUGGCCAUCUCUUUGGCGUACGUCAACAGCUGCAUGAACCCGGUGCUGUACGUCUUCAUGGGGCAGGACUUCAAAGAGAAGGUUAAGCUGUCUCUGAGGAGAAUCUUCGAGAGAGCAUUCAGUGAAGAUGGCACUCAGUGUUCCGGGAACUCCAGAGGACUUCAUUCUCAAACCACUACCAAAACAUCGGAGGCACAAAUUUGAUCGAUUUGUAUUAGAGCUUUGCAUAUUAUCGCAAAUUUACUGAUGCAUAUAUUAGCAAUGAAGUACGCCAUAUUGUACAUAACUUACGCUAACUAACUACAGCUUUGGAAAAAAAAAAAAGAUGAGUUUCUUUGAUUUUACCAAAUUGUAAACCUCUGGAAUAUAAUCAAGAGGAAGAUGGAUGAUUGAUUACAAGCCAUACAGACCAAAAGUAAAGUUAUCAAAAGCAGUGUGUAAGACUGGUGGAGGAGAACAUGAUGACAAGACGCAUGAUGAAAACUGUUCACCAAAUAUUGAUUUCUGAACUCUUAAAACUUUAUGAAUAUGAACUUGUUGUUUCAAAUAAAUGCUCUAAAUGACAAUAUUUCUAUUUGGAAUUUGGGAGAAAAGAGGUUCGUAGUUUAUAGAAUAAAACAACAAUGUUCAUUUUACUCAAACAUAUAACUUUAAAUAGCAAAAUCAAUCAGAGAAACUGAUUUUUCAGAAACUGAAGUGGUCUCUUUUUUUCCCCAGAGCUGUGUUUAUAUAUAUAUAUAUAUAUAUAUAUAUAUAUAAUUUAGAUUUCAGAAAUGUUUAAUAUGUAGAAUAUGUAGAUGUAUAUGUAUUUUUGUUUAUUCAUGAUUAUUGCUGCCUGUCCUGUAGGACUAUCUAGAUUCAUGUUCAUUAAUAUUUUUCAUGCAUCAACUGUCUCAGUAUUCAUAAUUGUUGUAUUUUGUUAUACGUUUGUUGACUUGAUGGAUUUGUAACUGGCAUUAUAAAUGGACCUGUACGAAAUGUUUCAAAAUGUCUUAGAAUAAAG